GCCCUCCUGCCAUGCGGGGGUACCAUCUAGUGUACCAAGUUUUUGAAAACCGGAUCGGAAAGGAUAUCGAGUAGUUUAUAACUCUUUUGCUUUUUCAAGCUAAUCUUGUUUUGGCUAUUCUGGGAGUUAUUCGUCCUAUAGGCGCUAGUAUUGUACAGAAUUAUUUGUGCAAGCGUAAAGCGGUUAUCUAGACUUCGCGUAACAUUAAAUGUAUUCGUUGAGCCUUGCGUUACUUAAUAUUUGAUUGAUUCCACUUCAUAGCAAAAUGAAGAUGAAAAAGACAAAUAGUAAAAACAAGCGACCUGCCUCACGGCUGCGUAAGACGGUCAAACGGGGGAUACAAGUAAGAGGCAGUUGGAAAGCUGUGGCGCUGGACCCCAGUAUGUUCUCUGAGGAGGGUGUGGGGGACAUGGGGGGUCUGGUGUGCUUUGAGGAGCUGACAGAUUAUCGCUUGGUAGACCCUGUCAAGACUGCAGUUAAAGCAGCAGAAGAACUCGAAAAGAAGAAGAAGAAGAAAGCCAAGAAAAGAAAAACUAGUGAAGAGCAGGGUGGAGAUGAACCUGUUGACCAAUGCGGAGCGGUCGAAAACACGCCCGAAACAUCGAAUAAACCAGUAAAGAAGAAAAAGAAAUCUGAAGUGAAGAUAUCCAAACAGGUUAGCAGUUCAACUGAUGGCGAAGACAAGGGAGAGGAGGUAGUUGAAGAGGAUUAUCGAGGCAAGGAGGUGAUCCCUGAGUUGAAAGACACGGCACCUUCUUCUGAAAUGGACGCUGAGUCACAAUCAAAUGUAACCAAGAAUGAGGAAAAGAGGAAAAACAGGCAUAAGAAGGGACAAACAGCUGAAACGGGCCCUGGGGCACAGCCAGAAGAUGAGUCUCAAAUUAAUCUGAAGGUUCAAGCCGAAAAGCAACCAUGUCAAGACAAAAAAGCAAAUCUCCCUAAAAAGAAGCCGAAGAACUGGACAAAUGCUGCCCUUUCUGGCUCUGAUGACAAAAAUACUGACGUGAGUGCAUGGAAGGGCCUGUUUGUUCCGGCUUCAGUGCUGGAGGCACUGAGCAGCCUUGGGUUUGGUUCACCCACUCCUAUACAAGCUCUGGUAUUGCCCCCAGCUAUCAGAGAUCAUUUGGACAUAGUGGGGGCAGCUGAGACAGGAAGCGGAAAAACGCUGUCCUUUGGUAUUCCAAUGAUCCAUUCCAUCCUGGAGUGGAAGAAGGGUUCUGAAGGACAGGAUGAUGCAGAUGACCAGGAUAAGGCACACACAAAGGUGGAGAGCCUAUAUUUGCCAAAUCCGAGCGAGUCAGCAGUGGAUAAUGAUGGAGAACAAGUUCAAUGCACUGAAUCAAAUGCUGAUUUAAUGACAGCACAGGAUGGAGAGCACAAAGUGCCUGCGGAGGGAGAGGGUGAAGGCAUCACAGAACACGAUAUAGUUGAUGAAGACAUUGUCAUUGAAGAAGAAAAUCAGCAUGAAAGGAUUGGUUGUGUCAAAGUAAUUGAGAAUGUGGACUUUGACUUCAACACUUCUGUGGAAGCAGUACAAAGAACUACUGACAGUCAAAAUCAGCCUCUACUUGGACUGGUUCUCACCCCAACCAGAGAGCUGGCUGUUCAGGUCAAGCACCAUAUUGAUGCUGUGGCAAAAUUCACCGAUAUAAAAACGGCUCUAGUUGUGGGUGGAAUGGCACUGCAGAAACAAACAAGAAUGCUGAAGCGCAGGCCAGAAGUUAUCAUAGCCACUCCUGGUCGUCUGUGGGAGUUGAUCAAGGAGAGGCAUCCCCAUCUUCUGAACCUCAGAUAUCUCAGGUGCCUUGUAAUUGACGAAGCAGACCGCAUGGUAGAAAGGGGCCACUUUGCAGAGCUGGAGUGUCUCCUAGAGAUGCUUAACACUGUUCACUUCAACCCCAAGAGGCAGACAUUUGUGUUUUCUGCCACCCUGACCAUGGCCCACAGCCUGCCCAUGCGCCUCUUGCAGAAGAAAAAGAAGAAUCUUGAUCAAAGAAGUAAGCUGGAAAUGCUCAUGGAGAAAGUGGGGAUUAAGUCCAAGCCCAAAAUCAUUGAUCUGACUAGGAAGGAGGCUACAGUGGCGACCCUUACAGAGACACGGAUACAUUGCGAAAAGGAGGAGAAGGACUUCUUCCUCUAUUACUUCCUGCUCCAAUACCCCGGGCGAACCAUGGUGUUUGCCAACAGCAUUGAGUGUAUCAAGAGGCUCAAUGCUCUACUGGUCAUCUUGGACUGGACUCCGCUGCCUCUUCAUGCCAACAUGCACCAGAAACAGCGCCUCAAAAACCUGGAGAGAUUUGCUGAGAGGGAAAAAUGUGUUCUCCUGACCACUGAUGUGGCAGCAAGGGGACUGGAUAUCCCUGAUGUUCAGCAUGUUAUUCAUUACCAGGUUCCCAGGACAUCUGAGACGUACGUCCAUCGUAGUGGCCGAACAGCGAGAGCCACCAAGGAGGGUCUCAGUUUACUCCUAAUAGGCCCUGAUGACAUGGUGAACUUCAAGAAAAUUUACAGAGCUCUUGGGAAAGAUGAGGAUCUCGCCAUGUUCCCCAUACAGAACAAAUGCAUGGCGGCCAUCAAGGAGCGGGUCAACUUGGCCAGGAAGAUAGAGAAGAUUGAGUUCCACCAUAGCAGGGAGCAACAGCAUGACUCCUGGUUCAAACAAGCAGCGGAGGCCCUAGAAAUGGACCUGGAUGAUGAUGUUUUGUUCGGUAAACAAAAGAAUGAGGAAGACCACAGACAACAGCAGAAAUUGGUGAAAGGGAUGAAGAAGCAUUUGAAGCAUUUGCUCUCCCAGCCUGUAUUCAAGAAUGUGAUAAAAACAAAGUACCCCACCCAAAUGGGAACGCUCUCCCUGCCCCAGAUUCCCCUUGCAGGAUUUGAAACUGCCCUAACCAGUGUCUCAACACAGAAGAAGAAACAAAAGAAAGCACAGCAGCAACAAUGACACGAAGAAACUAUGUGGAUGCCGAUAUCCAAAGCCUGCGACAGAGCCAGGAUGUCCACAUGAUCACACUCCAUUCCCAUGGUCUCCACUUCCUGAAGGAAGACAACAUAGGGAUUGGCUAGCUACACAGUCAAGAAAAAAAAGC